AUGUCUUUCAACUUUGGCUCGUUCGGUCAGACGACAGGCCCGCCUGCCUCUGCUCCUCCUUCGACGACUGCCACUCCAGCUCCUUCUUUCUCAUUCGCUACGCCAGCUCAGCCAGCUGGACAAGCAGGUACGAACACGCCUGCCGCUCCGGGCACACCAGCAGGACCACCGCCCGCCUCGACGAAUACCUCGUUCUCAUUCGGCUCGUUCGGAGCGAACGCCAAUGCCUCCAAACCGGCCACGCUUUCGUUCGGCACACCGGCCUCAGGCCAGCCAGCUAACCCCUUUGGCUCGACGCAGCCUGCAGCCCAGCCCAAGCCGUCUUUCAGCUUUGGUGCGCCCAGUACAGGCACGACAGGCUCACCUUUCGGCCAACCUGCCGCGAGUACAUCGACCGCGUCGACCGCGACCGCGCCUGCACCUGCACCUACCUUUGCAGGCUUCGGUCAGCCUGCCAAGCCAAGCACGCCAGCUGCGUCCACGACCAAUGCCUCGCCAUUCAGCUUCGCCGCUCCUCCUCCUGCUACUUCAGCCUCGAUCACUGCUCCUGCAAAGCCAGCAGUACCUAGCUUUGGUGCGCCGGCUGCUGGCGGCAGUAGCUUCUCAUUCGGUACUCCUGCCUCAACUCCGCCCGUCACAGCAUCAACCGAUCAAGCCAAGCCUGCACCAGCUUCGACAGGAUUCAGCUUCGGCGCACCGCCCAAGCCAGCAGAAGACAAAGCUGCAGCCCCAGCUGUGCCUACAUUCGGCUUUGGCAAACCACCCGCUACUUCUACACCUGCAGCAGCACCGUCAUCAGGCAGUGGUGGAUUCAGUUUUGGUGCUCCUGCGAGUACGACGAGUACGAGUGCGAGCACUCCUGCUCCGACCCCAGCAGCAAAGACGCCUGCGCUGCCUACUUUUGGCGCGCCGCCAGCGAGUACCUCGGCGAGCACGACAGCGGCAAGUGCACGUGCUGCUGCACCCGCACCUGCGCCAGCUACGGGUGGAUUUUCAUUUGGCACGCCCGCGCCCGCUGCAAAUGCGACUUCAGCUCUGGGAAGCGCGCCGGCCAAGCCACUAGAGGCGAGCAAGCCCGCAGCUGUGCCAAGCUUGCUCGCAGGCAUGAGAUUGGAGGAGAUUGUCAAUCGAUGGUAUGCUGAGCUAGACGAGCGAACGAGAGAGUUCAGUCACCUCGCUGGUGAAGUGCGAGCAUGGGACAGCGUGCUUGUCCAAAAUGGAGAAAAUAUCUCGAGGUUGUACACUGCACUGCUAGCCACAGAGCCGACACAGGCUUCGAUCGAUCAAUCGCUCGAUUAUGUCGAGACGCAACAGAAGGAGCUCUCCUCCAUACUCGAUUCGUACGAGCAAAACGUCACCGAGAUCCUAGGCGAGCCUCGAGCUGGUCAGUCCGACAAUGAGCGAGAGAAAGCGUAUGCUCUAGCGGAAACGCUGAACACUCAGCUAGACGACAUGUCGAAAACGCUCUCGAGUCUGAUCGGGGAGGUCAAUAGCCUGUCUCAUCGCUCAGGCAUUACGCCCGGCCCAUCGGACGAUCCCAACAAGCCCGCCGAUCCAGUCUCACAGAUCACGGCAAUCCUCAAUGCUCAUCUGAGCAGCUUACAAUCCAUCGAGUCUCAGACUGAAGGAUUGAGGAAACAAGUCGACGAUCUCGAGUGGCGGAUCAAGGGCGUAAGUCAAAGCGAUUGGAAGGGACUCGAAUCCGGCUCGCAGAGAGGUACACCACGAGCACAACGCGUGCUCGGACCUGCGAGUAGGACGAACAGUCCGGUUGUGCGCAGUAAUCUCUACAGGUGA